CCAUUCUCUCUCUCUCUUCUCAUUCCAUCAAAACCAUGAACAUCCUUGUCUACUCUGGCGAGGGCACCUCAAGGACCUCUCUCGCCCACACGGUCCGCUCACUACGUUCCCUGGUCGGCCAGCACUACGAUGUUAUGAAAAUCGACUCCAAGGGUCUCGCGACCGAGCCCUGGGAAGAAUCCACGGCCUUGCUCGUCAUCCCCGGUGGACGUGAUAUCCCCUACACCCGCGACCUACAUGGACCUGUCAUUGAGAAGAUCCAGGAAUAUGUUCGAGCCGGAGGGAAGUUCUGGGGUAUCUGUGCAGGGGCCUAUUUCGCAUCGGAUCGGAUUGUCUUUGAGGUCGGCACACCGCUCGAAGUUCAGGGCAAUCGCGAAUUGAAGUUCUUUGGAGGCGAGUGCCGUGGAGUUGUAUAUCCGGGCUUUGUGUAUGACUCGGAGCAGGGCGCGAUUGCGGUCGAGGUUCGGGUGAAUAAGGAGGCGCUUGGUGCAGGUACAGAAGCAGCAGCAGCAAAGGAUGGACUAGCUGAGAGGACGAGGGUCUAUUUUAAUGGCGGAGGGUUCUUUGUGGAUGCGGAAAGGUAUCCCGGAACCGAAGUCUUGGCAUGGUACGACGACGACAGCAACGAGGGGGGCGACUCGACACGCAAAGCGGCUAUGGUUGCUUGUCAGGUUGGACAGGGACUCGCGUUGUUGACGGGUGUACACCCAGAGUAUGAUGCUGCGCAUCUGGAUGCGGCGAACCCAGAGUACGGACCGUUGCCGAAUGUCGUGAGCCGGCUACUGGAGAAGGACCGGGAACGAGUUUCGCUACUCAGGAGCCUGAUCAUGAAGCUGGGGAUCAAGUUGACGCACCCCAAUAUCUCGACUACUGCUCCCCAGACCGCACCUGUCGAGGAUGACGCUGUUAACCCAGAGUUGCCUCCUGGAGCGAUCCAGGGAAUCCCGGAUGUGACACCACUCUAUCUGGCGUCAUUGCACCCUUCAUACACCGCCGAAUUGACACGUUCGUUGAGAUCGCUUGUGACAGCAGAGGGAUUGAUUAAGGAACCGAACGAUACCUUCCAGUUGAUUGCCUCUCCUCAGCAAUCCGUUCCUGUGCACACAUCUACGCUCUCUGAGACGGCCGAGGGUGAGAGCGAGGAAAAGAUCAUCAAGAACCUUGUCCUCUGCCCCGAUGAUGUACCCUCACCCACGCAGACGCCCCACUUUGCCAUGGGCGAUUUCUUCCGUCACCUGCAGCAUAUCCGCCCACCAUCCAAGGACCUUCAUUUCGGGAACUGGCUGAUGUAUGGCCAAGUAGUUUCGUCAACCCAGACGAUGCUGGACAAGAACUUUGCGUUCUGUCAACAUCUUCCCAACGGAUUCGUGUGCAAUGCGACGACGCAGGUUGCCGGACGGGGACGCGGACGAAACUCUUGGAUCUCGCCUCCGGGAUGUCUUCAGUUCUCGAUGGUGCUGCGCCAUCCGGUUCAGGCUCGGCAUGCGUCCGCGGUGUUUGUUCAGUACUUGGUCGCGCUUGCCGUUGUCGAGAGUGUGUGCUCGUUGCCCGGGUAUGAGGAUGUGCCGUUGCGACUCAAGUGGCCGAAUGAUAUUUACGCGGACGCACCUCUGGAGGGAGGACAGGAGCAGGCGGGGCCGAAGAUGGUCAAGAUCGGAGGUGUGCUGGUGAAUUCGAACUUUAGUGGAUCCGAGUUCUUGUUGGUCAUUGGAUGCGGAGUGAACACGACGAACCCGAACCCGACGACGUCGAUCAAUCAUAUUAUCCGAUACCACAACAAGGUCACCGGCAAGAACCUCGGUCUAUUUACACAGGAGACGCUCCUGGCGCAUAUCCUGGUCAAGCUGGAAGAGAUGUAUGGGCUGUUCUUGCACGGAAACGGCACUGGGUUUGCACAGCUGGAACAUACCUAUUACAGGCGAUGGCUGCACUCGAACGCGUUUGUGACGCUGACGACGAUGACACCCCAUCGGAAGGUCAGGAUCCAAGGAAUCACGCUGGACUAUGGGCUUUUGCGGACGGUUGCGGUGGAUGAGCAGGGUCGGGAUGUGGAGGGCGAGGAGUACAGGCUGCAGCCGGACGGUAACUCGUUUGAUAUGUUGAAGGGCUUGAUCUCGACCAAGGCAUAGGUUCAUCAAGAGGACGUGCUUAUUCUGAAUAAACGAGAAUGCGCUAUUUGCAAGUGA